UUAAAGUUAAUUUAAAAUAAAAUCACUAGAAGAACUAAUUAAAAUGCUCAAAAUAAUUUUAACACUUUGCUUUGUUGGACUGACAUUUGCUUCACAAAUUGAAGUUUUGUUUCCACCACAAGUGACUCGUGGACGUAUUGUUGGCGGUCAAGAUGCACCUGACGGUAUUGCACCAUAUCAAGUAUCAUUACAAGGUACAUACGAAAAAUCACAUUUCUGUGGUGGAGCUAUCGUAAGCGAUAAAUGUGUAUUGACAGCAGCACAUUGUGUUAUGGGUAAACAACCAUCUGAUGUAUUCGUUGUAGUUGGAUCACAAAGAAUAUUAGAAGUUGGUAGAAGACAUCAAGCUGAAUCAAUUGUUAGUCAUCCAGGUUUUAUGAAUCCAGCUUAUCAUCAUGAUAUUGCUGUAAUAUGUGUCAAAGAAAAAUUCGAAUUAAGUGAAAAAGUUAAAAUUAUUCCAAUGAAUGAUCGUAAAUUAGUAGCUGGUGAUGUUUUAAGAUUAACUGGUUGGGGUACUUUAAGUUUGGGUGGAGCUAUGCCUGAUAAAUUACAAAUUUUAAAUGUUAAUUAUGUUCCAUUUGCCGAAUGUAAAGCAGCUCAUGGUGGUAGUCCUUGGGUAGGAGAAGGUCAUGCCUGUACAUUUAAUAGAGUCGGUGAAGGUGCUUGCCAUGGUGAUUCCGGUGGUCCAUUAGUCGCUGAUGGUAAAGUUGCUGCUUUAGUUAAUUGGGGAACACCAUGUGCACGUGGUAAUCCAGAUGCACAUGCCGAUGUUUAUUAUUAUUAUGAAGAUUUUAUUAAACCAACAUUAAAUAAAUUACAAGGACAUUAAAGAUAUACAAUUUA